AUGAGACAUAUAUUAAGCUCAGUAUUCAAUUGUAGUGUAUCAAUUAGCAAAUCGUUUAAAAGAACUGCUAUUCAAAUCAGGUUUUCGCACAGUGUUCCAAAGUGGGGUAGCAAUAAGCUUCACCGUAAAAUUAAGAUCCAGCAUCCGUUUCGAGAAAUAAUUAUGGCAGAUCCUAAAAUUGAGGAAAUCCUUGCACCUUUGCGAGCCAAUGUUAAAGAGCAGGGUGAUUUCGUUCGGAAACUCAAAGAAGAAAAGGCUCCUGAAUUAGACAUAAAAAAGGCUGUCGCUGAACUGAAGGUACGAAAAAAGACAUUAGAAGACAAAGAACUCAGCCUUGCACCUACAGAAGAGUGGUUUGAUAGAGCCAAAAUGGAAGAUUUAAUUAAGCGGCGGUUUUUCUAUGAUCAAUCCUUUGCAAUAUAUGGGGGUAUUACAGGUCAGUUUGACUUUGGCCCAAUGGGGUGUGCGCUGAAAAGUAACAUGAUACAAUUGUGGAGAAAGUAUUUUAUUCUCCAGGAACAGAUGCUUGAGGUUGAUUGCUCUAUCUUAACUCCUGAACCAGUGCUUAAAGCAUCUGGGCAUGUGGAAAGAUUUGCUGAUCUCAUGACUAAGGAUGUUAAGUCUGGAGAAUGCUUUAGAUUAGAUCACUUGAUAAAGGCUCAUUUAGAGAAAAUUAAAAGUGAAAAAAAUACUAAGCCUGAACUUAAAGCUGAAAUUGAAGACAUCCUUGUUAAACUUGAUGGAAUGACUGCUGAUGAUAUGUCCUCAUUGAUGAAAAGAUUUAAUAUGAAAUCUCCAGUUAGUGGUAAUGAUUUAAGUCCACCAAUUGAAUUCAACCUUAUGUUUAAUACUCAAAUUGGGCCAUCAGGAUUAGUAAAAGGCUUCUUAAGACCAGAAACAGCACAAGGUAUAUUUGUAAACUUUAAGAGAUUGUUGGAGUUUAAUCAAGGAAGACUACCUUUUGCUGCAGCACAAAUUGGUAAUUCAUUUAGAAAUGAAAUAUCUCCUCGAUCUGGACUUCUCAGAGUUCGAGAAUUUACCAUGUGUGAAAUUGAGCACUUUUGUGACACAAAAGACCACCCUAAAUUUGAUUCUGUAAAAGAUACUCAAAUGCUCUUUUACUCUGCUGAUAACCAAGAGCAAGGUAAAGCUGCUGAGAUAAUGACAAUUGGUGAAGCAGUGUCCAAAGGAAUAGUUAACAAUGAAACUCUUGGAUACUUCAUGGCUAGAAUUCACUUGUACAUGCUAGCUGUUGGCAUUGAACCAAAGAAACUUCGUUUCAGACAGCAUAUGAGCAAUGAAAUGGCACAUUAUGCAUGUGAUUGCUGGGAUGCUGAGUGCCUUUCUAGUUAUGGGUGGAUAGAAUGUGUUGGAUGUGCAGACAGAUCAGCAUAUGAUUUAACACAACAUACUAAAGCAACUGGCACUCGUCUAGCUGCUGAGAAGAAAUUACCAGCUCCUAAACAGAUAGAUGUUGUGGAAGCUGUUACUAACAAAGCUGCAAUUGGAAAGCAAUUUAAAAAGGAUGCUAAGGCAAUCAAUGAUGCACUUUUAGCUUUAGGUUCUUCAGAAUUGGAGCAACUUGAGAGCAAACUUGAAAGUUGUGGAGAAUAUACCCUGGUCACUGCAAAUGGAGACUUUACACUCACUUCUGAUUUGAUCAGUGUAAAGAAGACGCAGAAAACAGUUCAUGUUGAAGAAAUUAUCCCUAGUGUUAUUGAGCCUUCCUUUGGUAUUGGAAGAAUCCUCUAUUGCAUUUUGGAGCAUAACUUUAAAUUGAGAGAAGGUGAUGAGCAAAGAACUUAUUUCUCACUGCCGCCAAGUGUUGCUCCAAUGAAAUGUGCUGUUUUACCUCUAAGUGGAAAUGCAGAAUUUCAACCUUUUGUAAGAGAAUUGUCACAAGAACUAACAGCAGUGGAUGUAUCCCACAAAGUAGAUGAUUCUUCUGGGUCCAUUGGAAGAAGAUAUGCCCGAACUGAUGAACUUGGUGUUCCAUAUGCUGUAACUGUUGAUUUUGAUACAGUACCAGAGCCUCAUACUGUAACCUUGAGAGAAAGAGAUGGAAUGGGACAAGUUCGGCUUCUUCUAUCUGAUGUGCCUCAAGUAGUAAGAGACUUGUCUAAUAGUAAAAUUUCAUGGUCAAAUGUAGAAGAAAAAUAUCCAAAAUUUGAACAGCAAGAAACCGUGAAAGGUGUUGCUGCAUAG